CGCCAUUAUGAGGUGGACGGGAUACCCCUGAAAAAGGACAUUCUAUUAUGGUUUUCUUCCCCCUAAAAACUGUUCUUGCAUGCAAUUCGACCUUGAAAUAAGAACACCACACUUCAGUCCCGUCGCUGCCCGGAUUCGAGGUGCUGCUUGUGUAGCACACAGUUAAAGCUUCCUGCCCGUUAAACCCUGUUUCCCCGCAGGAGAACGUUGACCAGAUGCCCACUGGUCUGAUGUUGAUAGGAAACAAACAAGACCUUGAGGACAUGAACGAGAGAGAGGUUUCCACGGAGACAGGGGAGACUUUUGCCAAGAUAUACAAUGCUCAGUUCAUGGAGACCAGUGCAAAGUCAGGAUUCAAUGUCGGCAAUUGUCUCAUGAACCUUGUCAGAACAAUCAAGAUCUACUACGAGCAGGACAGUUCGGAGCGGAGAGAGAGAGGUAUUCAAAUCAACAACAAACCCAAGAGCUCCGGUUGCUGUGGCAGAUAGUGUCAGACUCAGUCCUCAUGAAUCAUUUUUCUGAUCCCAUACUAACAUCUCUACCGCCGCCAUGUACUACAUCUUCACUGUCUCUUGUCACUUUCACAACAAUAAUAAUAAUACGGUGUGUUUUUUGAGUCAAUAACAAUCCCAUCAUUGUUUUGUACAGCUAUUAUUGCAAUUUUUGACGUGAAAAAGAGGAUUUGCACCACUCAGCAGGAAAUAA